AUUUGAGAUUAUGAGUCAAUUACAAGACUAAAUCAAUUUUAACGAUGUAGAUGUAGCACCUGAAUAUAUCAAAAGAGCAUGUGAUGAGUAACCUAAAGAUAUCUUGUAAGAAUUUCCUAAAUUAAAUUUCAAUCCCAAUCUUCAUAUUCUUCUUAUUGGAUUACCAAAAAUUAAAGAAGAAAUGAAACCAAAACUUAUUACAGCACUUAAAGGAUUUCUGAAAAAGAAUAAUUUUAUUUAAUUUUAAGAAAUUGAUCUAAAUAAUUAUGGAUAUGCUGUCUUAUCAUAUGAAAAUGAAGAUUAAGCACAAUAGGCAGUAGAAUAAAUUAGUAAUCAAAAUUUUGAUGCUAAACAUUAAUUGUUAGCAUUCACUUAAAAAUAAAUAAAUCAUAUUAAUCAAACUUCAGAAUAUAUACCAAUUACAUUAAAAUCAAGAUAAUAAUUGUUGGCAUUUCAUAAAGAUGCAAGAUCUGCUCUAACAAUUAUUUAAGAAAAGACUAAACUUUCACUAAAAUGGUUAAAUUCAUUGGAAAAGAAAUUAGAAGAUAAUAUUACUGAAAUGAAAUUACCAACAUAUGAUAAAUUAUAAUGGUCUCCAUUAGGAUAAUAUUUAGUUUUAUUUACAGAAAAUGAAUUCUCUCUCUAUGGUGCUUAAGAUCUUGAAUUAUUACAUAAAUUUGAACACAAAAAAGUAAAUGAAUUAUUAUUCAGUCCAGAUGAAUAAUAUGUAAUAAGUUAUGAUGGAUUAUAAGUAUAUAUAUAUUUAUUAUUAUUUAAGUAAUUUAUAAUUUGGAAUAUUAGAGAAGAAAGAUAAUUGAGAUAGAUUGUAUAAUAAUAAUCUUCUAUUAAUCAUUUUAAAUUUAAAAGAGAUAGUAAAUUAUUAGCAUUUCAAACAUAAGAUGAAAUUUAAAUUUAUGAAGCUCCAGAGUUUUAUCAAAAAAAUUAAUUAAAUCUUAAAGCUGUUGGUGUAAAAUAAAUUGAAUGGGUUCCAUAAACCAAUUAUUUAGCUGUUGUUUGUUAUGGUAAAGAUAUUAAAACUUAAAUCUUUUUACAUGAUUAUAAUAAACAUAUAGAUAUUAAAUGGAGAAAUAUUGCAUUUGAAAUUGAUAGUAUUCAAAUAUUUGUACAUACAUAUGGAAAAUGGGUUGCUACUUUAAUUAAAAAAAAAUAAAAAAAUAAGGUUUUUGCAACUACACUAUAAGUUGGUAAUUUGAGUAAAAUGGAUCCAUUUGAAAUUGAUGAACAUACAGUUAAUGAAGAUGUUGAAAACAUAUUUGCAGAACUCAAUACAGGAAAAUUUGCUUUAUCUUAUAGAGAAAAAGAUAAAUAAUAAAAACCAACUUCAUAAUUUACUUUCCAUCUUUAUUCAGUUCAAGAAGAUAUUAAAAAAGGAAUCAAAUUAUGUUAACUUGGAGAAUAGAAAGGAAAAGACACUAAUGAAUUAUUAUGGGCAUCUAAUGGAGUAAUUAAUAAAUAAUAUAAUUUUAGAAUUAUUUUGCUAUGGUUAAUAAAACUAAAAAUUCACCUGAUUAAGGUAAAGUUGAAUUUGGUCAAAUAUCUAAAAAAAAUGAAUAACCAAUAAUAGAAAUUACAAAAUCUACAAAUCAUUUUUAUAUGAGUCAUGCUUAAUGGGAUCCAACAGGAACUGUAUUUAAAAUUUAUUAUUUUUAGUAUUUUAUAACCAUGAGUGAUUUAUGGCAUAGUGUCAACAUUUGGAGUGCUAUUGGAGAAUAAUUAGUCAAAGAUACAAUAACUAAAGUUACAGAUAUCCAUUGGAGAAAUAAACCAAUUCAUCUAUUAUCUUUUAAAGAAGAAUAAGAAUUAUAAAAUAAUCAUAAAUAAUUUAUCAAGAAGUAUGAAGCUGAAGAUGAUAAAAUUCUCAAUAAAGCAAAAUAUGAUAAAGAACAAAAGAAAAAAGAAAUGUAUAAUCAAGUAAAUAUUAUAAUAAUAUAUAUUUUAGUUUACUUAAUAUCUUAAUGAAAAGAGAAAAAUUUAUAAUGAUACAAAAGAAAUAAGAAAAAAAUUAUUAGGUUGGGAUGAGGAAGAUUAGAAUAUAUAUGUUUAGUAUAAAAAAAUAAUUAAAGAAGAAGUAGUAAAUUUAUGA